AUGGCGCCAAUUCCUUCCACCACGCAAGCACUCACCACCCGCCUAAACACUCUCUCGGAAUCCAACAAAGCCAUCGGCCAGCUUAUACAACGCCUGGCCAAGUUAGAUUUCCAGCCAGGUUCACAACCACUGGAUGCGACCGACGAGGGUGACGUAAGGUUGGAACUCAGCGCAGAGAUACACGAAAGCUUGAAAGGCCUAGAAGAGGAGCUGGAGUUUCUUAGACAAGAAGUUGAAGACGUCACGCUUCAGGGUACCCUCACUGGCCGGAGAAGGAACAGUACCAAAGACAACGAAAGGAGUCGACUUGCCGUACUGCUUGCGCGCUUGACUGAGGACUUGAGAUUAUCGCGAUCACAAUACCGUAAAGCCCAAUUAACGGCCAAACACAACGCCGACCGCGCAAAGCUCAAAGAACGCGAACUGCUCUUCUCGAACCUACAAUCCGGCUCUUCCACACCCUCGUCCACAUAUCGCCAAAGAAAACAACAACAAGGCAUCUCGGAAGGCGAAAUCGUCGCCCAAGCCUCGUCAGACGUCACAACUGCCCUGCGCCGAACGCAUCAGUUGAUGCAAGAAGAGUUAUCGCGCUCAAGAUUCGCACAAGAAACACUUGAACAAUCCUCGGCCGCGCUCGAAGAUCUUGGGGAGAAGUACUCAGAUCUUAAUACUUUAUUGGCAAACAGCAGGAGCCUUGUGACAACACUAGUCAAGAGCACAAAGACAGACACGUGGUAUCUUGAGACCACAUUCUACAUACUGAUAACAACAGUUGUUUGGCUCUUCUUCAGACGCUGGCUAUACGGACCAUUGACCUGGUUUCUCAUUUGGCCAGUCAAACUCGUCUUCCGUGUCCUUUUCGCAGUCCUACCAUUUGGUGCUGCGUCGUCGGCUGCAACCUCGAGCGUCGCAUUAUCUUCGUCCUCUAGAACUCUGAUAGUCCAGCCUAGCGCAGCAGGUGGUAUCCCUCGCCGUCAGCCCAACGCCGAACCACACUACAUCCCCGCCGGUCGUGGAGGAGGAGCGCGUAUACACGAACACGAUCCCAGCCCACCGAAUUCAUACUCGCAAAAAGUAGGCAAGAUGGCGGAACAGAACCAGCAGCAGCAGGCAGAGGAGGUGCCUGAUCACCCACAAUUCAGAAAGCAAAACAAACAGGAAGAAGAUGAAGGUCCUGUCACCUUGGGCGAUGGAACAGUGUUAAGGGAGAGUGACAAGCCACGCAACCCCAAGAAGAAGAUGUGGGAGGAGGAUGUGGAGAGUAAGAAGCAUGAAGAAGCGCAGAAGCAAGAGGCCGGCGGAGAGGAGAGGAAGCGGGAUGAGCUGUGA